AUGAGAGAGACGAUGCCGUUCUUUGUGAGCUCGUUGCGUGCCAUAGACGACUGGAAGCGGAUCCAUGCGAAACGUGCCGACGCUAUCACUCAAGCUGAACUGGAUGCGAACGCCAAGUACGUCAAGAGCCCGUUUGCUCGCUCGAUGAACAUUGAAGACUUGUUACGGUUCUUGGACGACACUGUAUUGGACAUCAACUUUAUGGUUCAACUGCCUUCGAUCGAGAAAUGUCUGGACAAGUGGUGGAAGGUCUACGCACAUGGAAAACACGUGAUCGACCAGGAAAUUCUGCGUAGUGUCUACUACGACCUCGCGUUUGUACUGGUGGAGGCUAAAACCGAAACACUUCACAAGAACUCCGUGUCCAUGAUCUUGCGAGCUAGUUGGACCAAGUGGAGUCCGAAGGAGCCACCACUGGGCAAAAGCGAGUUCUUCCGUCUGCUCUUUAUCCUCGCACAUCUGAUGACGACUACUGAUCGGUUGGGUGACUACAUUGUUUUCUUCGACGAUACCAUGAGUAAGGUCUCACGCAAAUAUCAGCAGAAGCAGAUGCGGACUGAGCAGCACAGUCGACGUCCAAGAUCUCGCCGGAAAUCGACGCUGGACGAGAUACUACGAGGUGGGAGUCCUGGCUUUCCCACGUUUGGAGCUUCUCCUAAUCAAGUGCUGAAUGUUCAAAUGGGUCGAGUGCCAUUGCAAAGCGAAGCAUAUCUAUCGGACGACGAAGAGCAAGCAGGCGAUUGCUUCGUGGAGCUUUUGGAGCGGAACUCGCGAUAUCAACGUGUCGUGGUGGACCCUUUACUGAACGACAGGCGCUUUCAAGACAAGUUCAGACAACCUGGAGGAGCUAACAGCAACACAAGGUCGAUGAACGACAUGCUUGUUGCGUCGAACCCGAGUAGCAACAAGUACUGCCCACCUGAACUCAUGCGGAGAAGUUUGUCAAGAGUUACGUUGAGAACUCGUGUUGAUAGAAAUAAGGCAGCUGGGGCGGAACGACUGAAGAACAGAGGGCAUGAAGGUCUAGAGUCUUCACUGAAGAGAGAGGCGAAGCAGAAGAAGGAAAUUUACCUGGCCAUAUCGACGUGA